AUGUUGGGCAGAAGACACGUUAUGUCCGAUGUAUUUCAAACACUACAUGAAGUUCAGGUGGAAGGCACCUUUCCUGACGGCACGUACCUCGUCACAGUCCAUGACCCCAUCUGCACAGAUAAUGGUAAUCUCGAGAUGGCACUGUACGGCACCUUCUUUCCUAUACCAUCGCAAGACAAGUUCCCACUACCGCUCCAAGUACAGGCAAGAGAUGCUCCUGGUGCCAUCAUCGUAAAACCUGGAAAGAUUGAAUUAAAUGCUGGUAGAAAACGAUUGUCGUUGUCUGUAACAAAUUACGGAGAUCGCCCUAUUCAGGUUGGAUCGCAUUACCAUUUCAUUGAAUCAAAUGCUGCUCUUCAUUUCAAUCGAGCCCUGGCUUACGGCAUGCGAUUAGAUAUCCCUGCUGGUUCAGCUGUUCGUUUUGAGCCGGGAGAUUUCAAGACAGUGACAUUGGUUGAGAUUUCAGGCAACAAGAUCAUCACAGGCGGCAAUGGACUCGCUACAGGUCCUGUUGAUUUCAUUCGAUUACCGGAAAUCAUCAAUACAGUCAUGGCGAGAGGAUUCAAACACGAUUCACUUGCACCUCUACUACCGGCACCCGCAACUAAUACUUUGGACAGAGAAUAUUACGCAGAUCAUUUUGGUCCCACUACAGGCGAUCUUGUCCGAUUAGGUGACACCGAGUUAUGGGCACGUGUGGAGAAGGACUUUACAGUGUACGGUGAUGAAUGCAAGUUUGGUGGUGGCAAAGUGCUACGUGAGGGUAUGGGCCAAGCAACAGCGAAAUUAGAUGCGGAAGUGCUUGAUUUAGUGAUUACAAAUGCCCUGAUCAUUGAUUAUACUGGUAUCUACAAGGCGGAUAUUGGUAUCAAGAAGGGUUUGAUUGCUGGUAUUGGUAAGGCGGGUAACCCUGAUGUCAUGGAUGGCGUUACUCCUGGCAUGGUCGUUGGUGCGGGCACAGAGGCAUUAGCAGGCGAAGGCAAGAUCUUUACAGCAGGUGCUAUUGAUUCUCAUAUACAUUACAUCUGUCCGCAAUUGUGUUACGAGGCUCUCUCCAGUGGUGUAACUACAUUGAUUGGUGGUGGUACUGGUCCUAAUACAGGCACAAAUGCAACAACAUGUACGCCUGGCAACCAUCAUAUUGAGAUGAUGAUGAAGGCAACUGAUGAUAUUCCCAUGAAUUUCGGUUUUACGGGUAAAGGAAAUUGCUCCAAUAAGGAAGAAUUGGUUGAGCAUAUCAAGGCGGGUUGUCUUGGUCUAAAACUGCAUGAAGAUUGGGGUACUACACCUGCUGCCAUUGAUGCUUGUUUGCAAGUCUGUGAUGAUUUAGAUGUUCAGGCUACGAUUCAUACCGAUACACUCAAUGAAGCUGGUUUUGUCGAAUCCACGAUUGGUGCUUUCAAGGGCAGAACAAUCCAUACAUACCACAGUGAAGGUGCUGGUGGCGGGCAUGCUCCUGACAUCAUCACUGUUUGUAGUGAGCCCAAUGUGCUUCCAUCAUCCACGAAUCCAACGCGUCCAUUCACAGCCAACACAUUAGAUGAGCAUGUAGACAUGCUGAUGGUGUGCCAUCACUUAUCAAAGACGAUCCCUGAAGAUGUUGCAUUUGCUGAGAGUAGAAUCCGCGCAGAGACCAUUGCUGCUGAGGAUGUGUUGCAUGAUAUUGGUGCCAUCAGUAUGAUCAGUUCAGAUUCGCAGGCCAUGGGUAGAGCAGGUGAAGUUGUCUUGCGUACAUGGAAAACUGCCAGUAAAAUGAAACAGCAACGUGGUAAACUCAAAGAGGAUCAAAAUGAUGAAGGAGACAACUUUAGAAUUCGUCGUUACAUUGCCAAGUAUACCAUUAACGUUGCUCUUGCUCAUGGCAUCGGUCAUGCUGUUGGCUCCAUUGAAGUUGGCAAAGUAGCAGACUUAGUCUGUUUCACACCAGAAUACUUUGGUUCCAAGCCUGAGCUCAUAUUGAAGGCAGGUGUCAUUGUUUGGGGACAAAUGGGCGAUGCCAAUGGAUCCAUCCCAACGACUGAACCCAUUAUUUCCAGACCCAUGUAUGGUGCUAAUGCAUCCAGUUUAGGUGUUUCCUGCUUAGUAUUUGUAUCUCAACUCUCUGUCGACGAAGGUAUCGUUCAAAGUUACAAUCUGCGUAAAAAGAUUGAGCCUGUCAAGGGCUGUCGUAAAGUGACCAAGAAAGACAUGAGACUCAAUGACGCGAUGCCAAAAAUUACUGUUGAUCCAGAGACAUAUAAAGUCAUGGCUGAUGGCGAAGAAUGCGUCUGUGAUCCAGUUGCAUCAUUACCACUCACACAAUCUGUAUACCUGUUUUAA